AUGGAUUUCAAUCCAAUCCCUAACCAUAUCUACCGAUUCCCUAGACAAAAGAUCCAGCACGCGAUUCGCCAUCAACACGAGCUAGGCCGCGGUGGCUUUGGGGUGGUGUAUCGAGGAACCAUCCGACGUCAAGGAGAGAGGACACGCUCAGCAGCCUUCAAAAUGGUGUUGCGGGGUGAUUUCUUUCGACAAGAAGUUGCGGUGCUCGAUAUUGUGCAAAGUAUGAAUGUAAUUGAAAUUAUAGGCGUUUGCGAAGAAUUGCGGACUAUCGUGGUUGAGUAUGCUCAGAAUCGAACUCUGAGUUACCAUCUCCGGCAUCCAGACUCAAUGACGGAUUUCCCAUGGUGUACACGGAUCAAGGUCUUGGUUGGCCUUUGUAGAGCGUUGUCUCACGUCCACGGGUGCGGCUACAUUCAUCGGGACGUCAAAUCGGAAAAUGUGUUACUGAUGAAUGAUUUCACUCCUAAAUUGAGUGAUUUCGGGGCUGCAAUAAUGAUCGAUGAAGAACCUCAUCCGUGUAUUUUGUCCGUAGGCUACACUGAUCCUGAUUAUUUGCAUCCCUUAAAGAGUGAAAAUGUUAAGUUUCAUUUGGAUAUCUACGCAUUUGGAGUAGUUAUCCUAGAAGCGUUGACUGGACGUCCUGCCUUUGAGAUUGAUGGCUUCGGAAGGACAUUCCGAUUGGACACAUGGGUUCGAGGGCUUUUGCUCGACGAGAUUCUACAUGAAGAAUUCAGGAACUUGGAGCAAGCGCCCGACUUGGAGAUUGCUGCACUGGACGGAGAGAAUACUAACAUUCCUGAGGCUCUUAAGGACUGUAUCCGCAUUGCGCGACGUUGUUUGAAUCCAGAAGUGAACCAACGCCCAAAUUUUGAUCAGAUCCAGAAUGUGCUCAAGGCCUGCCCGAGGCCAGCCAAUUAUCAAAGGUGGACGAAUGCUGUUGGCAAUGCUUAG